AUGGUCCAGUUUCAGACUCAGCCCGCUGCCAUGCAGCAAGGACGACAAAGCCUUGUUAAUGGCCAACCCAGUAUGGCCGUGCAGGUUCCAUUUCACGGAAACAAUCCAAUGCCACAAACUGGGAACGCUGCCCCAUCCAGACAGGUAGUCAACUCUUUCAACGCCAUGGGAGCACAACAACACGGACCUGGUACGAUGGCCCAGCAGCAAGCUGGGAGGGCCACCCUAUACAGGUUGCCACCCAAUUCAACCAACGUCACCGGGCCACAACAGCAAGCACCUGCUAUGAUGGCCCCGCCGCAGGGUGGGAUUGUCACGUCAUAUGGCCAGCCAGUCAAUUUAAUCCACUCCAUAGGACCACAUUAUCAAGCACCUAGUACGGUGGCCCAGCCGCAAGCACCGAUCGCAGGCCAGCAUCAGGCUUGGAACACCCGCCAACCGCCACAAGCACCACAGCUCUCCCCACAACAACAUGCCAAGGUGGCGCAGAUCAAGGAAGAAAGAAUGAAAUUCAAACAGGAGCUGAUGGAAGAUGUUCGCAAGGAUAUGGCAAACGUCCGCCAGGAGAUGAUGGCAGAAGUCCACCAGGAGAUGGAACGGGCCCGCCAGGAGAUGCAGCAAUUUAAACAACAGGCUGAAAAGAGAAUGCUCCACGAUGUUCAACAACAACUUACUCUAUUGUUCCAGUUGGUAGAGAAGAGUCAAAUCCCUGGGCUGCUGGCCAGGAUCAAAGAGCUAGGAGGAUAG